AUGUCACUUAUACAGAAAGUGAAAAAUUUUAACUUUAAUAAGCAUACUUUGUCUUAUAAUUAACCAAUAUAUGGAACAGAUGAUAUAAAAGUUGGCCUUUUAAAUAAUGAACUUAUAAAAGAUCCUUUAUUUGGAAUUUCUACUUAAUCUAAGGAUUCAUAUGGAUUAGAAAGGAGAUUGGAAAUGUAUCAAUAGGAUAAAUGGGUAUCUAGCCCAUUGUUUAAAAUAUAAUUUAUAGCAAACGAUAUUAAGCUAGGAAAUGUAGAUAUUACAGAUAUUAAUUUAGAUAAGAUAACUUAAGAAAGUAUAAGAUUAAAUAUAGAUUAAAACUAAAUCAAUUAAGCACAAUUAGAUUAUACUAAAAGAUAUUAAGGUUUCAUUAAUAAUUAUUUCAUUCCUAGUGUUAGAAGCAAAUAUGAAAGAUAAUUUUAGUAUGACUAAGAGGAUAUGGAAAUUCUCAUAGAAGAAAUAGAUGAAUUAAACAAAAAAUUCUAAGGAACUAAAAGAAUGUAAGUAUCGUAUGAUUAAAACUUUAUAUACUACACUUAAGAAUAAAAUAAGUUUUAGUAAGGAGACUUUCGUGUUUCAUUUUAUGAACUAAAACCUUAUUCAUAAAUUAGCGUUUUCACGAAUAAACUAAAAAAAAGGUAUAUAGAAAAUUAAGAUUCUGAUUUUUAUCUAGGUAGAGAAUAUAAUAAAAUAUAGCUGCAUGAUUUUGAAGUUAUUUUACCUGGAAAUGUAUCUUAGCUUGAACUAAUUUAAUACCUUAUAUAGAAUCUCGAAGUAGAAAUGAAGUAAGGAGAACUUUAAUUAGUGUAGAAAUCAUCUUAAAAUAAUAAUAAUAAUAAAAACAAUUAAUUUACAAAAAGCGAGUUUCUAAAUUAUAGUCUGCUUUGUGCCUUUUUGUUUUAUUAUUAUUAUAAUUUCAGUUUAAGAUUAGAACUAGAUUCAUUUAGUUCACCUCUUUUAAUGACAUUUAUUCAUUCCUGCAGUAUAAGAAUGUUAGUUUAUGGAAUAAUUAAUGUACCUACAGCUUUAUUUACAAUUGGAGGAUCAUAUAUUAUAUAAUAUGUUUUAAGUAAUGUUUUAAAUAAUCAAGAGUCUCAAGUUUCUCAAUAUAUUACUUAAAUAAAUCCAAAUAUUAUUGCUUAAUAUUAAUAAUUUUAAGAAAUAGAAAAAAGAUUUAUUAAUAUGCUAUAAGAAGGUUUUUCAAAUUGA